CCUGAAUUUAAUUUAUUUUGUAUGCAAUUGCCAAGUUAUAAUGAAAAUAUUUUCAUUAAUUUGUUAUCAGCAUUGAUCUUUUAAAUUAAAUCGUAUCAUAAGCGAAAUAUGAAAAUAAGGUAUUGAUAAUCGCUGGACUGACAUACAAUUUUAGUCCUCUGUAUUUGUUUUGCUUAUUGCUGAUAACCUCUGAAGAAAAAUAUUACAACCUAACCAUACCAUAUGUGUAUGUAUAUAUGUAUAUACAUAUGUAUAAUAACAUAGUUUAAUAUUGCGAAGUGCAGACCACGGUAGAGGAGGUGCAGACAUAAAUUUAUAUUUAAUUGCCAGUUGCUGUUAAACAACGCUGCAUAAGGGUAUCGUUCUAUUCACUUAAGUUACCGCUUGAUUCGUUUAUUCCACACGUGUCAUUAAGAAAAAUAUUGACUGGGUGAUUAUCGCCAUGCCGAUUUUACGCUAUUUCUCCUCGAACACAUGGAGCGACUCGCAUAAGUCGAGAUUACUGAAACAACUGCAACAAAUAUCUGGCAAUAUUUCAUCAUUAGAAGUUGAAAAAUGUUAUCAUGUGGAAUAUACUUCUCAUAUUGGGAUUGAUACAAAAAAUAUAUAUUUAUUACGCUGGUUACUUAAAGAUCCACAGGCUAAUAUAUCUUCGUUGAAUGACAAAAGCCUUUUGGUAACCCCUCCUCAGGCGUUUCUCAUUGAAAUUGGCCCGCGCUUUAAUUUUUCUACUGCAUUCUCAACCAAUUGUGUGAAUAUAUGUCAAAAUGUUGGCUUAAAAAAUAUAGUACGCAUAGAGAUGUCAACGCGCUAUCUUAUUGGAUUUAAUUCAACUCAAUUUAUGACACAAACAAUAAAAUCAGAACUUAUUGAUUUCCUUGGGGAUCGCAUGACCGAAUGUGAAUAUACUAAAAAAAAUUUACCAUUAAAUAGUUUUAGUGAACAGCUUCCGAAAUGUCAUGAGCCUUGGUAUCAGGUACCUCUUUUAACAGUUGGGCGACCAGCUCUGGAGAAAGUGAAUUUUCAAUUAGGCCUUGCGUUUAGCGACUGGGAUAUGGAUUACUACACGUAUCUUUUUCAAAAGGUUCUAAAACGGGAUCCGUCUACUGUGGAACUCUUUGAUUGUGCUCAAAGCAACAGCGAACAUUCCCGCCACUGGUUUUUUCGAGGCAAGAUGUUAGUAGACGGACAACAAAAGCCCGAGUCCUUAAUAAAAAUGAUAAUGAAUACUCAAAAAUAUAGUAAUACUAAUAACACUAUAAAAUUCAGCGACAACAGUAGUGCAAUGCAUGGCUUUAAGCAUAAAUCAAUACGACCACAAAAAUGUUAUGAGCCCAGCUGUGUUAAAUUGGUAAAAACUGAGUCAGACUUAAUUUUCACAGCAGAAACGCACAAUAUGCCGACAGCAGUUGCUCCUUUUAGUGGAGCUACCACAGGUACAGGUGGUAGAUUGAGGGAUGUUCAAGGUGUGGGACGUGGCGGUAUACCUAUAGCUGGCACUGCUGGUUAUUGCGUUGGUUGUUUAAAUAUUCCAGGAUAUACACAAACAUACGAGAAUAAUGAUUUUGAAUAUCCAUCAUCGUUCGCCAAGCCACUUAAAGUUUUAAUUGAGGCAAGCAAUGGUGCAUCCGAUUACGGCAAUAAAUUUGGCGAGCCUGUAAUUGCUGGUUUCGCUAUUUCUUAUGGUCUUGAGAAUCGAGUUGGUGAACGCCAAGAAUAUGUUAAGCCAAUCAUGUUUAGCGGUGGUAUGGGCAUAAUGGACUCAACAAUGCGUCAAAAAGUUGAUCCAAAAAGAGGAAUGUUACUAGUUAAAAUAGGCGGACCAGUAUAUCGUAUUGGUGUAGGAGGUGGUGCUGCGAGUUCUGUAGAAGUACAAGGAUCCAGUAAUUCCGAUGUAGACUUCAAUGCUGUUCAGCGUGGUGAUGCCGAAAUGGAAAAUAAGCUUAAUCGAGUUGUACGCGCCUGCAUAGAAAUGGGCGAUAACAAUCCAAUAUUAGCCAUACAUGACCAGGGUGCUGGCGGUAAUGGCAAUGUUUUAAAGGAGCUAGUAGAGCCUGGUUUCGCGGGAGCAGUAAUAUUUUCGAAAGAAUUUCAAUUGGGUGAUCCCACCAUAAAUGCUCUAGAGUUGUGGGGUGCAGAAUAUCAAGAAAACAAUGCACUAAUUUGCAAGCCUGAACAUCGUAAGAUCUUGGAAGAUAUUUGUUCACGGGAGCGUUGCCCAAUCAGUUUUGUUGGUGUUGUUACCGGAAAUGGAAAAGUGACAUUAGUUGAAAGUCAGGCUGAUUUUGAACGCGCUUUGGAGUUGGAGGAGAAUUUAAAUUUAUUGGGUGCUAUACCCUUUGAUCUUGAACUGAAACAUGUACUUGGCGAUAUGCCGCAAAGGGAAUACAAAUUGGACCGUAUUUCAGAAAAACUAAAACCAUUAUCACUAAACUCAGAUUUCAAUAAUUCCGAAUGCUUGAAAACCGUGCUAAGUCAAUUAUCUGUAGGAAGUAAAAGAUUCCUUACCAAUAAGGUUGAUCGAUGCGUUACCGGUCUAGUCGCGCAGCAGCAGUGUGUAGGGCCGUUACACACUCCUUUAGCCGACUACGGCUUAACUGCAAUUUCUUAUUUUGGAAAAAAAGGCAUAGCUACGUCCAUCGGUACUCAACCUAUAAAAGGUAUCCUUAGCUCUUCUGCAAUGGCACGUAUGUGCGUAGCCGAAGCAAUAUCCAAUUUAGUUUUUGUAAAAAUCACGGAAUUAGCAGAUGUUAAGUGCUCUGGAAACUGGAUGUGGCCUGCGAAAUUACCUGGAGAAGGUGCCCGUUUAUAUGACGCUUGCAAAGAAAUGUGUCAGAUGAUGAAGGAACUGCAUAUUGCAGUUGAUGGCGGAAAGGAUUCACUAUCUAUGGCUGCAAAAGUUAACGACGAAACUGUAAAAUCUCCAGGCACACUUGUAAUUUCUACUUACGUACCGUGUCCAGACAUUACCGUGAAGAUAACUCCAGAUCUUAAGGGCCCUUCUUUAGGAGAGCAAACAGCCCUUGUAUGGAUAAACAUCGAAGGGAAGUUUCGAUUGGGUGGAUCCGCAUUAGCCCUUGCGUUUUCACAGCAAGGCGACGAGUGCCCGACAGUUUUGCAAAGUGACAUUCUUGUUAAAGCUUUCACCACUACACAAAAUUUAAUACAGCAGGGAAAACUUUUAGCUGGGCACGAUAUUAGUGAUGGUGGGCUCAUUACAUGUCUAUUGGAAAUGGCAUUCGGAGGAUUAUGUGGAUUUCAAAUUGACUUAACCAAUGUAAUGAAGAUAUUAAAUACUGCUCAUAUUGAUAAAGCAGCAAAAUUAAUUGGUAAACCAGAAGUGGCUGUUUUGUAUGCUGAAGAAUGUGGUUGGGUUAUUGAGGUGCCAAUGAAAUUACUGUCGGAAGUUCAAAAUAUCUACACGAAUAAUGGGGUUCCAAACUAUUAUUUAGGUUUAACAAGUGGUCUUGGUCUCAAUUCGACCUUAAUUAUAAAAAAUCAUUCCGAAACCAUUCUUCAUAACGAUGUUAAAACUCUUUUUAAACAAUGGGAAAGAACAAGUUUUGAAAUAGAAAAACUGCAAUCCAAUCCAGAUUGCGCUUUGGAAGAAUAUAAUUCUUUGAAUUAUCGCUCUGCUCCUAAAUAUUAUUGUAGUCUCGACUUAAAUGCUGAAAUAAGUGCACUUCGGGCCACAAAAGUUGUAAGCGUUGCCGUUAUUCGCGAGGAGGGCAUCAAUAGCGAUAGAGAAAUUAUGGCAUCCCUAAUCAAAGCCAAUUUUGAAGUUCAUGACGUUACCAUGUCCGAUCUGUUGUGCGGAAGAACUUAUUUGGAUCGAUACCGUGGCAUCAUAUUCCCUGGAGGCUUUAGUUAUGCCGAUACUUUGGGUUCUGCCAAAGGUUGGGCCGCCAAUAUUAUGUUUAGCGACUUACUUUCUCCGCAGUUUGAAGCAUUCAAACGACGCCAGGAUGUCUUUUCGUUGGGAGUGUGUAAUGGCUGUCAACUCAUGGCCUUAAUCGGGUGGGUUGGCAAUGUUAGCAUGCUUAAUGGACACGUAAUUGACGUGCCGGAAGUUGCGGUUCUUCACAAUAAAUCGGAACGCUUUGAAUGUCGGUGGACAACAAUACGGGUUGAAGAUAGUAAUUCAAUAAUGUUGAAUAAAUUAAAAGGUUCCAUUUUGGGUUGUUGGAUAUCACAUGGUGAAGGCAGAUUUUCGUUCCGUACUACAGAAAUUUUGAAUUCAUUAAAAUCAAAUCGAUGUGUUGCCAUAAAAUAUGCGGAUGACAAAGGGAACGCUACUGAAGCAUAUCCAAUGAAUCCCAAUGGAAGUGUUGAUGGAAUUGCAGGCCUAUGUUCAGAGGACGGGCGUCAUUUAGCCCUCAUGCCACAUCCCGAACGAUGUACCGCCAUGUUUCAAUGGCCUUAUGUUCCAGCUGACUUUAAAAUUAAUUCCUUAGAAAGCCCAUGGCAAAUCAUGUUUAACUCAGCCUAUGAAUGGUGCACUAAAUAACCAAUGGUUUAUAUUCGUUCCAAUUUGGUUUUUUUUAAUAUCUAUAUUAUACUUGUAUUACAAAUAAAAGCGAUUUUUAUUCCAAUUCCGAUGAAGCCCUUAAACAUAA